AUGAAUGAAAUGGAUGACAAUGAAGCAGAUAUUGAUGUUAUUUUAAUCAUUUUAACGACUUCUUUAGGUCAAAUAGAAAAACAGCGUUACGAUGGCUACUACAAUAAUUUAGCACAUCCCGACUGGGGUGCAAUUGGUGAGUUAUAUAACUAUGAAUAUAAGAAUAAAAUUGCAUUUAAUUUAACUUUAAAUGACUUGCCAUUUUUCUCGUCGUCAAGAUGCAUUCGUAUACAUUAA